UGUAAACAAUUCUUUCCAAACAAAAACACUUAGAAAUCAAGUAAUGCAAAAAACAAAAGAAGAAAUGGCACUGAAAAUGAAAGCCUGCUACAUGGUGAAACCAGCUGAGCCAACAUGGAAAGGUUACAAAUGUCUAUCUGAAUGGGAUCAAACUGGUACCAUUACACAUGUUCCCACUAUUUACUUCUAUCGCCCACCCCAAGAUUGGGUUAAGCUCGGUGAUAAAAUCGCCGCAACCCUUAAACAAUCAUUGAGCCGAGCUCUGGUCCCUUUCUACCCACUCGCGGGUCGCCUACGCCGGCUUCCGUCCGGUAAUCGUCUUGAGCUCAACUGCAACGCCGAAGGGGUUGAGUUUGUUGAAGCCGAGUGUAAUUUGAAACUGGAUGAACUCGGUGACUUAUCUUGUUCAUCAGAGCAUAAUUACCACGACCUUCAUCUUACUCCCCUUGUAGACUAUACACGCCCUAUUCAUGAGCUACCACUGCUCUUAGCGCAACUAACUAGGUUUGCUUGUGGUGGUGUUAGCCUUGGCUUAACCAUUUCACACGCUGUGGUCGACGGCCCAAGUGCAUUACAUUUUAUCUCUGAGUGGGCCUCUCUUUCACGAGGUGAACCAAUCAAAACGAUGCCGUUUCUUGAUCGGGAAAUCCUAUUAAGGGAAGUCGACGAUGGUGAUGUCUCAGAUGGGGAGCUUUCGUGUCUGGACCAUUUUCCUCUCUUGAUUGGAAAAUCGGACAACCUAGAAGAGAAGAAGAAGGAGGUGACUCCAGCUUUCUUAAAAGUCACCAAAGAACAGCUCGAGAAGUUGAAGAGGUUAGCCAACAAGGGACGAGUUAGCGAGACUCGUCCCUAUAGUCGGUAUGAGAUGUUAGCCGCGCACAUUUGGCGGUGCGCGUGCAAAGCCCGAAAGCAUAGUAGUCCAGAGCAGCCAACAGCUCUGGCUAUUUGCGUGGACGUGAGGAGCCGUAUAGAACCGCCCUUGCCGAGUGCCUACUUCGGCAAUGCUUCGUUUGAUGUGAAAGCCUUAAGUAGUUCGGGUGAGUUGUUGUCUAAUCCAUUAGGGUUUGCAGCCGGAAAAAUAAGAGAAACAGUUGAAAAGGUAACAAACGAGUAUAUCUGGUCGAAUCUCAAGUAUUUGAAGAAUCAGAAGGACUUGAGAUUGUUUCAAGAUCUUCAUGGAGAAGAGUCGAGUAGUACAACUGCUGAUGAUAACAAAGAGCUUUUCUAUGGAAAUCCUAAUCUUGGUGUUGUGAGUUGGUUGACGCUUCCGUUGUACGACCUUGAUUUCGGAUGGGGGAAAGAAGUUGCUAUGAGUUUAGAAACCUAUGAUACUGACUUUGAUGGAGACUUUGUGCUUCUUCAAAAUCCUAAUGGUGAUGAUGAGGAUGGUAGCUUGAUUGUCUCAGUACGUUUGCAAGUUCUACAUAUGGAUUCCUUCAAGAAGCAUUUCUAUGCUGAUAUAAUAUGACAUAUUACAUAUAAUUAUUUCUUAUUUCUUGGUUUGGCUCUUGCUUGGUGUUUAUGUCUUUAAUUUGUGCUUGACUAUAUAUGUAUGUACAUACUCUAUAUAGACAUAUAUUUAUAUAUGAUCUCAAUAAUCCUAAAGCCACACUCAGUGUAUGAGUAUGAUUACAA